ACUGGAGCUGCUGCCUGCAACAAAUAAGGGGGGGGGGGAACAAAAGUAUAUAAUGUAAGAAGUCUCAGAGUCGUCAUUUUAAAGUUAUGUCCGCGAGUCAAAUCGAUUCUCUUGAGUUUUAAAUGUUGAGGAAAUCAAUCACCCAAUGUCUGGAGCCACUAGUACCGGUGGGGUGCACCUCAGUCUACCGCGGCGACGGACUGGCAUACCAGGCCAGAAAGCGGCCUAGUGUCAUGUAUAGCUAGCUAACUUGCUGAAUGACUUUAGUCAAAAAACGUCGUUGGCGUACAUGAUAUGGCAAUUGAAAAUGUAUGUAUUCAAAUUGUUCGCUAACUAGUUAGCCAAUCGUCGACUUUUUAGGUAACGUCAGUAAACUGCCUUAGCUAGUUAACUAGCUACAGUAGCUUGCUCAGUUAGCUACCAGCUGGCUGUGUAUGAUUGUACUGAGCUGGCUAUCUAGCCAGCUAACACAGUGUAUGAGCUCCAGUUUUUAAAGUUGAUUUAUUUCCGCGUUAGGUCCGCCAGUGUCUUGGCAAGUUAUGUCAUGCAAUAUAUAUUUUUUUGCUGUUUCUUCGAGUGCACGUGUUAUGCAUGUUUUUAAUAUUUAUUUAUUUGAUUUUAGAACAUCUUGGUGUUAAUGAGUAACGUUAGUUAGCUAGUUAGCAAUGUAUUCCGCCGAUAUGCUCGAAACUCCACCUGGAUAUCCCUUUGAAGAAAUAGAUUAUGUGGAUAUUGAAGUUGAGGAGGUUGUGGGGAGAGGCGCUUUUGGUGUUGUCUGCAAGGCCAAAUGGAAAGGCAAAGACGUUGCAAUCAAGACAAUCGAGAGUGAAUCUGAAAGGAAAGCGUUCAUAGUUGAGCUGCGGCAACUUUCACGUGUGAAUCACCCCAACAUUGUGAAGCUGUAUGGCUCAUGCAAUAAUCCAGUCUGCCUGGUGAUGGAAUAUGCUGAAGGGGGGUCCCUGUACAAUGUUCUGCAUGGUGCUGAACCUCUCCCAUGUUACACUGCCUCCCAUGCUAUGAGCUGGUGUUUUCAGUGUUCCCAAGGGGUCGCCUAUCUCCAUGGCAUGAAACCAAAGGCUCUCAUUCACAGGGACCUCAAACCACCCAACCUGCUCCUUGUUGCCGGUGGCACCGUGCUGAAGAUAUGUGACUUUGGGACUGCGUGCGACAUUCAGACCCACAUGACCAACAACAAGGGAAGUGCAGCUUGGAUGGCACCUGAGGUGUUUGAAGGCAGCAAUUACAGUGAGAAGUGUGAUGUGUUCAGCUGGGGAAUCAUUCUCUGGGAGGUGAUCACGCGUCGGAAGCCCUUUGACGAGAUCGGUGGGCCGGCCUUCCGCAUCAUGUGGGCGGUGCACAACGGCACCCGGCCACCGCUUAUCAAGAGCCUUCCCAAGCCCAUCGAGAGCCUGAUGACCCGCUGCUGGUCCAAAGACCCGUCCCAGAGGCCCUCCAUGGAGGAGAUAGUCAAGAUCAUGACCCAUCUUAUGAGGUGCUUCCCAGGAUCUGAUGAACCCUUGCAAUACCCUUACCAGUAUUCAGAUGAAGGACAGAGUAACUCGGCCUCCAGCACAGGUUCCUAUGUGGAUUGCACUAGCAGCAAGAGUGACACAAACAUGGAGCAUGUGGACUCUCAGGGGAGCAACGACACAAUCAAGAUCAAACCUCAGUUUGCACAUCAGUUCAGGCCAAAGGGAGACCCAUUGCGGAGCCUGCCUCUGUCCAGAGGGGGCAGUGUUGAGAGCCUGUCGGGGCGAACCCACAGCCUGGUGGCCUCCGAGAGCAAAAGAAUGAGCGCAGACCUGUCAGAGCUGGAGCACAGGGUGCCUUUCGCUCCUGCAGCACGUCCCCAGUAUAAACGAGGCCACCGUAAAACGGCGUCAUUUGGCACCAUUCUGGACGUUCCCAAGAUCGUCUUCACAGCCUCCUGUGAGGCGCAGAGGCGUAGAUCUGUACAGGACCUCCCGGGGAUCGGCACAGAGUCCAGCCAGGGGAGUAGGAACAGCAGCAGGUCCUCCAGUCCCAGUGUGAGGAUGGUGCCGCCUGAUAAGACCAGCAGCCGAGGGUACAGCUUCUCUCCCGAUGACCCCACAGGACUUCUGGUGUCUAUUGAUAACUGUGUGCCUGCCCAGUCGACUCAUCUUGCACCGCCUGGGCCUGUGCUGGUGUCACUGUCAGACCAAAAACAAACACAAGUCUUGCUCUCUCCUGCCCAGAUACCAACGGCUCAGACAACUCCAUUCCCAUGGCAUAUCUCACUCUGGACCACCAGCUGCAGCCCCUCGCUCCUUGCCCAAACUCCAAAGAGUCCAUGGCCGUGUUUGAGCAGCACUGUAAAAUGGCCCAGGACUACCUGAAAGUGCAGACAGAAAUCGCCUUACUGAUCCAGAGAAGGAAAGAGUUGAUCGCUGAACUGGACCGAGACGAGAAGGACCAGCAGAACACGUCCCGCCUGGUCCAGGAGCACAAGAAGCUACUGGAGGAGAACAAGUCUCUGUCCACCUACUACCAGAAGUGCAAAAAGCAGCUGGAACUGAUCCGUGCUCAGCAACAGAAGAGACAGGGCACCUCGUGAUGGGCCACAAGCUGGCCGCCACCUGGCUCGUGCUGCAGAGACACACAAACAAACUGUCCCCAUGUCAUAUCCCCUGUUCUCCUCCCCUGCCUCUGCUUUUUCCUGGGUCACCUGUAGUCUAGUCUGAAACCCAGACUCUACCUGCAAAAUAAUUGACACUAUCUCUCUCCUCCUCCUCCUCCCUCUGCCCCAUUACAACUAUGAUCUCAACCUAGGUGCCCACGCCUUCACCCUGUAGGUUCCAGUGAGUGGAUCUUGUUUUACCUUGUACUGUAAAGAGACCUGUGUUUUACUGUGUACCUGCAUGUUGCGUUAUUGACACACCCUGCUGAUAACAUGGAACGGAAUAUUAGAUGUGCACUCAAUCAAGCUGUUAUGGAAUAUCUCUUGCACAUCUUUACAGUAUAUUCUUUGAUAGCAGGCCAAAACAAUCAGCAUGCAUCUGCUCUCUCUGCCCAUAAAGAGCUGGAGUCCUAAAUUGCCUGCUCUGGGUUCAGUGAACACACGGGACCGAGCGAUGGGCUUCUAGGCCUCGAUUGUCAGCCAUCCUUUUAGUCAGGAUGCGAUGCUUCUUGAGGUGUGUGAGCGUAGUACAGUAACUGCUGCUGCGUCUUGAAGUAUGUGAGUACAGUAAUUGCUGAGCCUGAUUGGAGAGGGAGGGAGGCCAGUGAGGGGUGUGAAAUAUGUUUGUCUCUAUUGCUCUCAGGGCCCCUCGGACCCUCCCCUGGGCUGCCUGGUCAGUGUGUGUCCACCCCUCCUCCCACAGUCCAGUCCUCCCAUUUGGUUAGUUUUACCCUGACCUGUCCUCCUAACUGGCCAAUGGCCAUGUGUCCUCGAGAAUGUGAAAAACAAAGACGGUCUAGACAAAAAGUGUGAAUUAUGUGCAGAAGUUGGUGUUUUAAUGAAUUAUGACCAGAAUCUAUUUGACUAAUCUUUGAUCUCUUAAGUGUUGUUUUGUUACCCUUUAAUGCAAAAAUAGCCACUUAAAAAAAAAACUCAACCCCUUACAAAAGAAAUCCACCACAACCUAUCUGAAAGUAUUUAAUGUUUGUUCUAUUUAUUUUACCGGGGGAUGUAUUUUAGAUAUGCCUUGCACAUCCAUGAUGUCUUUGAUAAAAAAGGAAGGACGUGGCUUGUCACAAGUACCUGGAUAGAAACAUGGGUCGGACCUCAAACAGAGAUUAAAUAUAGUCUGCUUUCAACAACCACAAAAAAACACAAGCAAAGACGGCAGACUUCUUUUCUCAACCUGUUUAAUUAAAAUAAACUAUGUACGAGGUUCAAAGUGCAACAUGUUUAUCAUGACUUAAUUUUGUUUCCUUUUGUUUUUUUCCUAUUUAUUUAGGUGUUAGAUUAUACUUUUAUCUGGUAUGGGAAUGCAGAGAUGUACAAGAGGCCUAUCCCUCGCCUAUAUGUUUUUAGUUCACAUGUUGCCUUAGAAUUUGAUUGCUAGAUUUGAUUGCUAGAUUUGAAAGUAUUUGACUUGUUUUUCGUUCCUUUAUUGCGGGGUUCACUUGCGCCUCAUUUGAAUGUAAUGGACAGUCAGUCAGUGAGAAUGGUAUGACUUUUGUUUUGAGGGAGAAUUGUAUAUUAUGUCAAUGGUUUACCAGGAGGCUGAUUGUCUGGUCAAAUGAAUGUCAAUAGGCUGCAAAAGAAAUCAUGAUAUCUGUCACUGCUUUUCCCAAUUAAUAGAAUGAAUCCUUGUAGCUUUAAGUAUCCGUGCAAGAAGAAAAAGUUGAUUUAGAGAUCUAAACUUACAAUGAGAAUUGAUCUUACUUUGAAAUGUUGUCUUGCCGUUUCAUUUGACCAGACCUGCUGUUGCUGCUACAGUCCUUCAAAUGUUUUGCACAAUCCUCUGGUUUUACUGAUUUACAUGUAACUAACCGUUUGGGUCUUGUACUUCAAAGUAUAUAUUAUGAUGGUUUACAAGGGAGGUGACAGGUGAAAUUGUGUAAGGGUUCAUUUGCUGCAGUUAUAUCCCUAGUUUUUCCCUUUUCUUAAAGUUAUAUUCGCUAUCAUUUUAUUAACCAUAACUGUAUAUAAAAUGUUUAAGAACUAUUGGGAACAGGUACAGUGCCUUCAGAAAGUAUUCAGACCCCUUGACAUUUUCACAUUUUGUUAGGUUACAGUCUUAUUCUAAAAUUAAUUAAAUAUCUACACACAAAGCAAAGCAAAACACCGGAUUUUAGACAUUUUUGUAUUAAAAAAUAAACUGAAAUCACAUUUUACAUAAGUAUUCAGACCCUUUACUCAGUACUUUGUUGAAGCAACUUUGGCAGCGAUUACAGCCUUGAGUCUUGGGUAUGACGCUACAAGCUUGGCACACCUGUAUUUGGAGUUUCUCCAAUUCUUAUUUGUAGAUCUUCUCAAGCUCUGUCAAGUUGGAUGUGGAGCAUUGCUGCACAGCUAUUUUCAGUUCUCUCCAGAGAUAUUAGAUUGGGUUCAAGUCCGGGCUCUGGCUAGGCCACUCAAGGACAUUCAGAGACUUGUCCCGAAGCCACUCCUGCAUUGUCAUGGAUGUGUGCUUAGGGUUUUUGUCCUGUUGGAAGGUGAACCUUCUCCCCAGUCUGAGGUCCUGAGCGCUCUGUAGCAGGUUUUCAUCCAGGAUCGCUCAGUACUUUGCUCCAUUCAUCUUUGCCUUGGUUCCUGACUAGUCUCUCAGUACCUGCCGCUGAAAAACAUCCCCACAUCAUGAUGCUGCCACCAUCAUGCUUCACCGUAGCGAUGGUGUCAGGUUUCCUCUAGAAGUGACACUUGGCAUUCAGGCCAGGUUUCAUCAAGCCAGAGAAUCUUCUUUCUCAUGGUCUGAGAGUCUUUAGGUGCCUUUUGGCAAACUCCAAGCAGUCUGUCAUGUGCCUUUUACUGAGGAGUGUCGUCCGUCUGGCCACUCCAUAAAGGCCUGAUUUGUAAAGUGCUGAAGAGGUGGGAGAACCUUCCAUAAGGACAACCAUCUCCACAGAGGAACUCUGGAGCUCUGUCAGUCUAACCAUUGGGUUCUUGGUCACCUCCCUGACCAAGGCCCUUCUCCCCCGAUUGCUCAGUUUGGCCGGGCGACCAGCUCUAGGAAGAAUCUUGUUGGCUCCAAACGUCUUCCAUUUAAGAAUGAUGGUGGCUACUGUUCUUGGACCUUCAAUGCUGCAGAAUUCUUUUGGUACCCUUCCCCAGAUCUGUUCCUCGACACAAUCCUGUCUCGGAGCUCUACGGAGAAUUCCUUCGACCUCAUGGCUUGUUUUUUUCUCUGACAUACACUGUCAACUGUGGGACCUUUUAUAUAUAGACAAGUGUGUGUGCCUUUCCAAAUCAUGUCCAAUCAAUUGAAGUUACUACAGGUUGAAGGACAUCUCAAGGAUGAUCAAUGGAGUAUUUGCUGAGGCUAUAAUGUAACAAAAUGUGGAAAAGGUCUAGGGGUAUGAAUACUUUCUGAAGGCACUGUAUGUGCCUGGGAGGGAGGCAUCAUGAAAUAAACUUUAACAUAAACUUUAA